GCAGCAGACUCGCCCACCAUAUAAUUCCCACCACGACUUCGAAGCUCUUGGAGGAUAUCACUGUCACACUCCCAUAUACUGCGUCUCCGAACUCCUCUCAUUCCAACGGUGAAGUAACUGGCCAGUAUGAGUGAGGGGUUGCGACUAGCCAGCGGCCACACUGCCCUCAGCCUGGUGGGGGAGGAACUGGAGCAGCAGCAGAAGGCCUUCCUCGGCUACUCUCCAGUAGGUCUGGUCCGUCUCACCCCCGGCAGGUGGCUCUUCCCCGCGUCCUACACCAAAUAUGCCGACAAACUCUACAACACCAAGUUCCGAGGGAGUGAUGUUGUGGUGAUGACGUACCCCAAGUGUGGCACCACCUGGAUGCAGGAGAUUGUAUGGACCAUGAGGAACAACCCGGACCUCACCCACCCCAUGGCCCGUCUCCCCCUAAACGCCCGCAGCCCAUAUUUAGAAUUGGACAUGUUGUUGGAGCUCGGGAAACCAAGCCAGGAGUUCCGUGCUGUGCUGGAGGCCAAGCUGCGGAGGUUGGCUCCGGGGGUGGAGCCCCAGGAGGGCAUAGUCAUGCAGCUGGCGGAGGCCGCUCCUGAUCCACGCACAAUAAAGACCCACCUUCCACCCUCUCUCCUCACCCCAGACCUCCUCGACACUGCUAAGGUGGUGUAUGUGGCCAGGAACCCCAAGGAUGUCUGCAUGUCUUACUAUCACCACAGUCGUAUAUUUAACGCCCAUGGCUUCGUGGGCUCCUUCAACCAGUUCGUCCAGUUCCUGAUUGAUGAUGACUUGUUGUACGGUCCAUACUUGGAGCACGUACGGGAGGCCUGGGUGAAGCGAGAGCAUCCCAACAUGCUCUUCCUGUUCUACGAGGACCUCAAGACAGACAUUAUGGGACAACUGCACAAACUGAACAAUUUCCUUGGUACCUCACUCACCCAACACCAGCUACAGCAGGUCGCUCACUACACAAGCUUCCCAGAGAUGCAGCGCAGAGAGGAGCAGAGCACAGCUAAGGACACCACAGUCAAACUGAACAUGGAAUUGGUAAAAAAACAUGGAGGAUUGUUUAGAAAGGGUGAAGUGGGCAACUGGAAGGAACACCUCACAAGUACUCAAGAAGCUGAGAUUGAUCUAUGGACCAAGAAAAAUAUCCUUAACUUAGGUCUUGAGUUCAAGUACUCAGGAAGCAAAGUUUGAUAUGUGGACCAGGAAUAAACAGAAGCUCCCCUAUGACUCUGUAAUAUCCCCAUUGGCCAAACUAUUAUGUAUUAACGAUAAAACCUACCAUUAAUGUAUGAUGACUUACUGUAAAUAUGUAGCUCUUGUAAUAGCACUU